AUGAAGUUAUAUAAUGAAUAUGUUGACUGUACACAAGACCUACCAUUGGAUAUACAGCGUCACGUUACACAAAUGCGAAAUUUUGAUCUGGAAUUCCAACAAAUGAUGACAAAAGUAAAUAACUUAACACAAAGCUUUAAAGGUAAUUUAUCGUCAGCGAAUGUUGCGAAAUUGUCAAAUUUAUUGGUGACUGGAUUAGAUAUAGGGGAUAGAAAAAUUCUAACUAUGCAAAAAACAUCUAGCCUAGUCGAAGAUAAGCUUAUGCGUUUAGAAAACGGUAAGAAGGAAUAUUUGACCUCAUUAAAAGAACCCGAAGUUCCCAAGCUACGUAUUAAAGAUAAACAGAAAACAAGUAGUUGUUCAAAAGAACGACGCCUACCUAGUGCAAGUACUAGUAUUGCAACAAAAGAACUAAAAAACCGCAACACUGAUAGUGAACCAAACAAUGGUAUACAAUUAUCAAAACGACCACAACGGAACAGAACCGAUGACCCAGAUUAUAAAGAAAAUUCUGAUGAUGAAGUUGUAAAUUCUUCAUUAAAUCGACCUACUCCUUUACCAAGAACCACUGCGACAGCACAAUUACAAUCUCAAGUGACAUGUAAACAAACUACUCAGAAAACAGAAAAAUCAACUAAAAAGAAACUCAAAUUUAAGAAGAAUCAGAAAUAUAAUUCUCCCUCAACGGACGAUGAUAAAGAAAUACCUGUCGAUCGUGAAAAACGAACCAAAAAGAAGCGCAAGUAUAAGAAACAACAAAAGUAUGAUUUUCUCUCAUCGGACAAUAAUAAAGAAAUACCAGUUGAUUUUGAAAAACAAACUAAACAGAAGCACAAGUAUAAGAAACAAAAAAAGUAUGAUUCUCUCUUAUCAGACAAUGAUGAAGAAAUACCAGUCGAUGUUGGAAAACAAAUUAAACAGAGGCGCAAACAUAAGAAACAACAGAAAUAUAAUUUUCCCUCAACGGACGAUGAUAAAGAAAUACCUGUCGAUCAUGAAAAACGAACCAAAAAGAAGCACAAGUAUAAGAAACAAAGAAAGUAUGAUUUUCCUUCAUCGGACAAUGAUGAAGAAAUACCAGUCGACGUUGAAAAACAAACUAUACGGAAACACAAAUAUAAGAAACAACGGAAGGAUAAUACAACCUCAACGGACGAUGAUAACGAAAUACCUGUCGAUCGUGAAAAACGAACCAAAAUGAAGCACAAGUAUAAGAAACAAAGAAAGUGUGAUUCUCCCUCAUCGGACUAUGAUGAAGAAAUACCAGUCAAUUUUAAAAAACAAAUUAAACAGAAUCGCAAAUAUAAAAAACAACAGAAGGAUAAUUUACCCUCAACGGACAAUGAAGAAGAAAUACUAGUCAAUCCUGAUGAACUAACUAAUAUGAAGCGCAAAUAUAAAAAAAAACAAAUUAAUGUUUCCCCCUCAACGGACAAUGAUGAAAUAAUAUCAGUCGAUGUUGAAGAACAACCUAUACGGAUGUGCAAAUAUAAGAAACAACAAAAAUAUGAUUCUCCCUCAACGGAUAAUGAUAAAGAAAUACCAGUCGAUAUUGAAAAACAAACUAAACAAAAGCGCAAAAAUAAGAAACAAGGAAUGGAUAAUUCACCCCAAACAGACGAUGAAGAAAUACCAGUCGAUCCCUAUGAACCAACAUACUGUCUUUGCGAUCAGAUAUCUUAUGGUGAGAUGAUAUGUUGUGAUAAUGAUUUGUGUCCAUUAGAAUGGUUUCAUUUUUCUUGCGUUUCAUUAUCAACAAAACCGAAAGGAAAAUGGUUUUGCCCCAAGUGUCGUGGAGAUCGAACUAAGAAGCUUAAUAGUAUAUGUUUUUUUUUAUUGAUUUCCUUUAUAUAA